UAUGUGAAUGACAAUGAUAAUAUGCCUACAACUGCUAUUAGGUGUACUAUUCAAAUUAAUUACAGUAAUGUGCAAGCUAUUCUUGACUCUGAUUUAAUUAUUAGUAUUAUUACAAGUAGUUUAGUUAAGUGA